UGACAAUAUGGUGGGAGAGUGAGUCAUUUCUUACCCCUUCCCAUGGCGCUCUCCCUUUCUCUGAUGUUCCCUGCAAAGUGAAGAAAAGGGGGAGAAAUAACCAAUUACAUUCCCUUCACAAAUGAUAAGGGUAUCUUUGGGAUUUUACCUGGUUCCCGAGGGAUGGAAUGCCUAGAUGAACUAUCCAUUGAGCAUCUACCACUCCGAUCUUCUCAUGAGCAGGCUGUGAUUCAAAUGGCUAUCUAUAUUACAGCCGGAAGAGGUGGAGAAAAGAAAGGUUCAAAAGAAAUCACCACAUUACAGACCUCAAUACAUUUCCUCAUGCUGUGGAAUGGUCGUAAUGACGCACCUGAAUCAUAUGCCAAACACAUCGCCAUGCCUCUCGGGAAAAUACAGGAGCCAUAAUCUCCACAAAUCUGUGCAUUAAGCACUCGGAAUUAAUGCAAUCCCAGGAUAACACAUCAACCAGGGUGA